AUGGAAGAUUUAAAAGCCAGCUGUGAAGACUUCCCUGCCCACUUUGUGACCGUAUCCGAGAUAAUUCAUACCUCGCGCUUUCUGCUCACCCGUCUCUGCAUUUCAAUAUCUAUCAUACUUCCCAUCCCGUCGAGCUCGAGGCGUCUGGAUUCCAUUAUGGCGCACUCACUGAAGAAUUUCAUGCGCCACCUCUUCCACAAGCCGAGGCCUCGCAGCCCGAGAACAGCCUCUUACGCGAAUCAUAAUCCAUUGAACAUUGACGAGUAUCAAGCGCUUGAUGAACCCGACCGCUACACCCCAGCAGGUCUUAAAUGUCGUAAAAAAGCAUCGGUGGAGCGCCUUCGACCUCAUGAUCUGCAGCAGCCUCCCAACCCUCCUGAAAAUUCGGCUUCUCGUAUACGACGGCGACUUCAGAAGGACCGGUCCGAGCGUCGUACUGGCCGUGCGCCUCAGGGCGGUGUGACAGCAACCGCUCGAAAUGCUUUUCAUGUCUCACCGGCCGAAACAAAACGACAGAGCCCUGCACGUCUUUCUACGAGAGACUGCCAGAGUACGAGCGGUGUGCCUGCGCAUGUUGGAUCCUCGAACACGGCGCCCCGCCCACUUCGUGGCAAUGCUCGUUCUCGCGCUUCCGAGCCAGCUCCGACUUCGCAACGUUACACCGGUGAAGAGCGAGGCGGCCAACGUCGGUCAACGACUCGCCGUGACCCUCUUCUUGCCGACCGUUUGCCUCGAAGCGGUAGACGACCUGCCGCCCUGAGUGGUGCAAAUCCAUCCAUCUUGCGGUCCGGGGUGUACUUCGGGUCGGCUCCUCACGUCGCUUCGGGGAGUGGUGGACGUCGACCAGCGCCCGAGCCCCAGAGAGCCUCUCGCAAACCUCUCAAGCGUCGCAGCGAUAACGGCCGCUCUCGCUUCGUCGAACCCACGGGCCAUCGUGCGCAGGAGCAGUCUCGGUCUUAUAACGGUGGGCUCAGCGGCGCUUCGACCUCGCCAACUACCCGCCCCCAGCCUAAACCUCAAAGGAUUGCGCAACUGCCCCGACUUUGGCGCGGAGUGAGCUUCGCUCCUUCCUCUGCCGCGACCAGUGCAGAGGUCGGCAAUUACCGACACAUCAGCAUCGACGAAGAGGAACGGCUGGAUGUCAGUCGUACCGACGGCCUUUGCGUCUCAGGCCGCUUGACACGGAGAUACUCUUGGUUGGACCUUGUUGACGUCCAAAUUCGGGCACCGAUGACCUCGCCACAAUGUUUUCCCUUCUUAUGGCACGCGACGAACAUUUCCUCGCUGGAGAUCGGGCACUUGGUCAACAGCAGUGAUUACCGAAAGGAGUGGCCAAUGGAGGUCCACGCGUUGAACCUUAAGAGGCUCACAAUCUUGAGGACAGAGGUUCCCAUUACACCUUUGCUGAAAGGACUUAGGGUGCUGAAGCUGACGCGACUAGAGGUGCAAUACGGCUCGUCCCAGCCAGAACAUCUUUUUGCGGUGGAUGCGCGCCGAUAUGAACGUUUUUUCGACAUCUACAGGAAGAAGGGUACAUUUCAAUCGAAAGGCUCUGUUCUUAUUGCCUCGAAGAAUGCGCCUCUACCCAAGAGGGCAUCUCUUGAGCUGAGAGAUUCCCUCCUUCAGAUUCUACGAGGGACGAGUUGGAAAGUAGUAGUAAAUGUGUAG